AUGUCUUUGGGUGAUGUGCUCUACCCUGGAAAUCCUGAAAGAAGGGAGAACGUUAUCCGCAGAAGUCAAGAGCUUAUUGAUCUGAUGAAAAGCAACUUCGAAGCCACCAACAGUCUCAUUGAGAUUGUUAAUGAGCACUUGCAUUCAUCCUUCAGCCCGAUCACCCUGAACAAGAACGCCACUGUCAAGGAGAACUGUGAUGUGAUGAUUGAACGUGUGAAUCAGAUCCAAGCAAAAGUUGAGGAGGUUGACGAGAAGCUGAAGAAGGAGCUGGAACCUACUGUGUAUGAGAAACUACAACAUAUGUCUCUCAAAGACUUCAACAAACUUUCAGCUGUUGUUAAAGUUGCUAUUAAAUCAGUUUGCCAGAUUGCAGCCGCAGUUAUAGUGAAGUAUCUAAUGAAAAAUAUCAUAAUUCUGACAAACAUAACAUCCACAUGUGCUAAAGUUGCAGUAGGGACAUUUGCCUCCAUUGUGUUAGGGGUGUUAAUUGAUGUGAUUGUUUCAGCCAUUGUAGGGCAUGUUGAGCGUGCCAACCUCGAGUCAGCCCUGGCAGAGUACGAGGAGGCUUUGAAAACAUUCAGGCCAGCAUCUAAAGAAUACGAGAUGGCCAUAUACGAAGUCAUGUUCAUGCUUAAACACAUGAAGAAGAAGUGA